CAACUUCAGAGAGAGGAGGAAAAAAAAAGUAUUACAGCUUCCUCUGAAGACAUGGCAUUCCACCUGAGAUCUGCAAGUGUGCCAUCGAGCCCUCGCUCCAACGAAAUCGAUAUCGAAGGGCAGCUCCAGAACCUGAAGGCAAUUGUUUCUUCAUCGUCUUCGACCAUUGAGACAAUGAGUAAUGGCUUGAAGAGGAUCGGGAAUAUCUACAGCUGCAUCAAUGAGAUCAUGUGCCUGCCAAGCAGCCAUGUUGCAAUUUGCCAGCCACUGCAGAGGAAAGCAGUGGAGCAAGAGCUUGAGCGCUCUCUCAUCUUGCUCGAUUUCUGCAAUGCCAUGCAGGAGAGCUUUUCCAACCUUAAGCAAAGCAUUCAAGACAUGCAGCUGAUUAUGAAGAGAGGAGAUAAUGCAGCUGUGCAAGUGAAGAUCCAGUCUUAUAUCUGCCUUAUCAAGAAGGCACAAAAACAGUUCAGGAAGAUCAGCAAGAAGUCUUCUUCAGUUGAUCUGGAAAGCUGCAGGGUGGUCAAGCUGUUGGCUGAAGCAAGAGAGAUAGCUAUCUUAAUGCUUGAAACCUCAUUCCAUCUUCUCUCAAGGCAACUUGCGAUGCCAAGUUCUAGCAAGUGGUCUCUUGUCUCCAAGACAUUCAAGAAGAGAGCACUUUUCUGCCAAGAGGAGCAAUUGCAAGUGUUGGAGUCGAACAUUGCUGAUUUAGACACUGGAGUCAAGAAUCUGUUCAGGAAAUCGAUCCAGAGCAGAGUUUCUCUUCUCAACACUCUCAGCUUGUAGAUAGAUCAUAUACCACUUUGAUCCCCUGUGACUGGUGUCCAAAUUUUAAAGGAUCUGCUGGUCACUGCAACAUUUUAGCAAUGUGUAUAUACAUUAGAGGAAUUGUACAGAUAUUAAGUUGAGAAACAAAGCACAGUAUUUUAUCUACUUCUUGUUGCAUUUCAUCCAUGCUUUGACAGAAGCACCUAAUUUUCUUAUAAGAUGCUUGCCAUUAUUGCCUGUUAUAGAAGUAGUUAGCAAAGACUGUUCACUCUGAUCUUUGAAAUUAUUUACUAUUGUAUGGCCACGUUAUUCAGAUGCCAUAUGUUGCACCAGCAACAAGCAAAGGAUCCUUGUGUAGUGGAUCUUGCUACCACAGAAAAAAACAAGCCAGCUUCAACACACGAGGUUGAGCGUGUAA